UCGCGUGGGCGUGGUUUGUUGUAAAUUUUGUUUGUGGACGUUUGAUUACGAGCGCAUGCGCAUGCACCCAUCGCUGAGCAGCAGCCUGAAGAUACCGGUUAAACAUGGAUAGAAAAGUUUUAGCACUGCAGGCCAGAAAGAAGCGGACCAAAAAUAAAAAAGGCAAUAAGAAGCCAGAACCUCAACACAGAGGCGCUGCUCACACAUCGGAGUCAGAGGCCCCGGAGCAGGAGGAGGAGAUCCUGGGGUCGGACGACGAGGAGCAGGAGGACCCCAAUGACUACUGCAAAGGCGGAUAUCAUCAUGUUAAGAUCGGAGAUCUGUUUAACGGACGCUACCAUGUUAUCCGGAAGCUGGGAUGGGGCCAUUUUUCUACUGUGUGGUUAGCCUGGGACAUUCAGGGGAAGAGGUUUGUCGCUAUGAAGGUCGUGAAGAGUGCAGAGCACUACACGGAGACCGCCCUGGAUGAGAUCAGGCUGCUCAGUUCGGUUCGAAACACAGACCCUAAUGAUCCCAACAGAGAGAUGGUGGUUCAGCUUUUGGACGACUUUAAGAUUUCUGGAGUCAAUGGAACCCACGUCUGCAUGGUGUUCGAGGUUCUGGGACAUCAUCUUCUCAAGUGGAUCAUCAAAUCCAACUACCAGGGUCUCCCCAUUGCCUGUGUAAAAAGCAUCAUUAAACAGGUUCUUCAAGGCCUGGAUUACUUACAUUCCAAGUGCAAGAUCAUCCACACGGAUAUAAAGCCAGAGAAUAUCCUCCUGUGUGUCAACGAGCCUUACGUCCGGCGUCUAGCUGCCGAGGCGACGGAGUGGCAGAAAGCAGGGGCUCCCCCUCCAUCCGGGUCUGCAGUGAGCACUGCCCCGCAGCCGAAGCAAAUUGUGAAGAUGUCCAAGAACAAGAAGAAGAAGCUGAAGAAGAAGCAGAAGCGUCAGGCGGAGCUUCUGGAGAAGAGGAUCCUGGAGAUCGAGGAGCUGGAGCGAGGGAAAGAGGAGGAAGAGGAGGAGGGGGGCCAGAACGAGGGCGAGGGAGAGCAUCAGCCCUGCGUCCAGCUCAAGGAGGCAGCGCUGGAGGACAUGGCUGACGAGUUCAUCGCAGAUGACAAUGAACAAAAUGAAAUGAGGGAACACGCACACACACCGGAUGACGACUGCGAGAAGUCUCCAGGGGAUUUGAACUGUAAUGGACAUGUCACUAUGGAUGAGCUGUCUGAAUGUAGCAACGAGGAGAUCAUGAUGAAGAAGGAGGAGGAGGAGGAGGAAGACCACCACAACGCUAAUGACUGUAUUCCCAGAGACCACUGCCAGGGGGGGAACGAGCUGCACCUGAAAUGUAACGGCAUGCUGCAGAACGCACAAGAUCCCGCCCGGGAUGGUAACGUUACAGAUUUGUAUGGACCUUUAAAUAGUGGCAGGCUGGAGUCUGUGUCAUGUGAUUUGCAGACUGAAGGGCAAGUGGUCAAUGACAAUGAAGAGAUGAACCAUAUGCAGAGCAACGUGGAAAAAGAGUCUGGAGAAGCAGAUAAUAUAAAGAACGCAAAACUUGAUGCAGGCAGCUUGCUUGUGAAUCCACUGGAGCCCCUGAACGCAGAGAAGAUACAAGUAAAGAUUGCCGACCUGGGGAAUGCUUGCUGGGUUCACAAACACUUCACAGAAGACAUCCAGACGAGACAGUACCGAUCGUUAGAGGUGUUAAUCGGCGCGAGCUACGGCACUCCUGCUGAUAUCUGGAGUACGGCCUGCAUGGCAUUCGAGCUGGUGACAGGAGAUUACUUGUUUGAGCCCCACUCUGGUGAAGAUUACUCCCGAGACGAAGAUCACAUUGCAUUGAUGAUUGAACUGCUGGGGAAAAUACCUCGCAAGCUCAUAACGGGAGGAAAGUACUCCAAGGAGUUUUUCACCAAGAAAGGUGAUUUGAGGCACAUCACCAAGCUGAAGCCCUGGGGCCUGCUGGAGGUCCUGGUUGAGAAGUACGAGUGGCAGCGGGACGAAGCGCAGACCUUUGCGGACUUCCUGCUGCCGAUGCUGGAGCUGAUCCCGGAGAAGAGGGCCACGGCAGCAGAGUGCCUCCGACACCCCUGGAUCAACUCCUAACGACCUGCAGCACCGCUCCGGACACAGCCCUGCCGCGCCAUCGCUGAUCACAGUGCGGCAGCUGUGUGUGUGGGGGUUGGGGUGGGGGGCUAGAGAUGACACAAUAUGAUGAAUACUCCAUUCUAGCUGAUUUUGUUUUUUGUACGGUUUUUACCUGAUAGUACUGGAGAGUGUGAAUCCCGUUUUCUACUGAAGUCCUGUGAGAUGUGUUUUAACUAACUUGUGACGGGUCAUUUGAGGAUUAGGGUGAGGGGUACUGCUUUGACUUUUUUUUUUUCUUUUAAUAAAAGUGCUUGUUCUUUUUAAAGCAUUUUUGCUAAUGCAGCCAAACUAGGAUUAGAGAGAGAGAAAAAAAUGAACUACUGAAUCUGCUCUGCUCCUCCUGUAACUGUGGGAGGAAUGCGUGGCAGUUUUGUUUUUCUAUUCGUUCUGAAAAUCUGGGGACUGAACCCUUUUGUGGCUGCUGUUCAAGGUGCCUCUCGUUCUUUUGUAUGGUGGAGGGGGAGGAAGGUCUGUUGUGGGAUCUGCAGGAUGGCAAGAAAAGGUGAUUUCUUAGUUGGGUUUUGCUGUAAUGCAUAUUGUGACAUCUCUAGCAGAGAUCACUGACCUGUUUGUUGACCGUUACAUUCUGCAGUAGUAUUUCUAAUUAUCGCAUUCACAGAUUCAUGCAAACACAUUUCUUCCCUGUGUGCGAGUAUACACUUUGACUAAGAACUUCUACAUACCGCUAUAGAAACCGAUGUUAAGAUGGUGCUGAGAGAGGGGGUGCGAAGGAAAAAAUGAAGACUUUAUACUCGUACCAAAGAGUUGGCCUUGUUCUGUAUAUUACAGUUAUGUACAGUAAAGAAUUCCAGAUAUUGGUAUGUGUUAUCUAAGAAAUGAGUGGAGUAGUACUUAGGAUGUUUUAAAUAACAUGGAAGCUGUUCUCUGUGUAGUCUGCUUUUUAACAUUGUUUUCAUACUGACCAUGCUUCUCUUGUAGCUUUAAAACAAGAAGGAAAGAGAAAAGACUGGAACGCUGUUGUCGUUAUUGCUUGAACUCUCAAUAGCCCAACUGUAAGAGAGCACUUUCUUUUGUUUUUUUAAAGGAACCUUUUCAGCACUCUUGUCUUCAGCAGUUUUCUUUUCAUGCUCUUGACCGUGACUGCUAAACUAAAUAAAAUGAAUCGACUUUUCCUUAGUUCCCAAUAAAGAGGAUUUUGAAACAA